GAAAGUUCCAGCGCGGCCCAGUAAAGUUUGGCACCGCGGCGGCGGAGGAGGCUCAGGGAGAACAGCGGAAUGGCGAAAAGAGGAAAAUAUUGAUGCAAAAACAAAGCCGCGAUUAAUGAGAGCCGUUUGUAAACACGUGUUUUGCUUGGUGUGAAUGGGACAGUUGGACUUUUUUCCCAAAGGUCGAAUAAUAGAGGAUGAUAAUUGGUGGAUAGCCAAGCAGCGCGGAUCAGAAGGGGUUUUUUGCCGCUAUAAGCCGCUUUGCUUCUCUCUCUCCAUCUUUCUCCAAACUCCUGGUGAACCCGGCAGAAAAACAGCUCGUUUCCCACGUUUUGUGAUCGAAGAUGAAGGUAACGGUCACUUUUGGUCGCACCGGUGUGGUGGUGCCCUGUAAAGAAGGCUGGACCGUCCGAGACCUCAUUCACCAAGCCACACAGAGAUACAGGAAACUGCUCGAACAGGAGGGAGACUUCCUGGUACGGACCCACCACGUCGAGUACUGCGACGGGGGAAUUCUGGAUCCCGAUGACGUGCUUUCGGAUUUGGUGGAAGACAAGGACAAGCUGAUCGCAGUGUACGAAGAACAAGAAGCCCAGCAGAGGGGAGCGGCGAGUCCCGGGAACAGCAGCAUCGGCGUUGUUAACGUUAGCACAAACGGCGCCGGUGCUCCAGGACAGCCGAGCCCUGAACCCUACGACGCCGAGCUGGUCUGUUUCCAGCCGAUCCGAGGAGGGGAGAUCGAAGUCAACUCCUCCGCCCUGAAAGCCAGCACACCUCUCAUGGUAAGGAGCAGCAGUGAUUCAGCUCUGGGCCCCUCGGGAGAGAACGGACCCGCGCAGACUGAUGUGGAGCAACACUCGACAGACCUGUCCAGCAACAAAGCCUCUCCAUUCACACUCGGCCUAACAAAGACUGUGGAGAUUUCAGGAGAACACGGGCCUCUUGGGAUACAUGUGGUGCCAUACUGCUCCUCUCUCAGUGGAAGGGCUCUGGGUCUGCACAUUCGGAGCGUGGAGGAGAACAGCCGCUCCAAAAGAGAAGGGAUCUUCCAGGAGGAUGACUGCAUCAUCAAGAUCAACGACACUGAGCUGAUGGACAAGUCCUUCUCACAGUCACAGGAGGUGUUCCGGCAGGCCAUGCGCUUGCCUGCUGUACGUUUAGAGGUUCUUCCAAUGGGCAGUAAAGAGCGCUUCGAGAAGAGUCUCAUCGGCCACCUAUUCAGCACCGACAGCCACGACGGUUCUCCCCGGCCCAAAGAGCCUCCUCCUCUGAAGGUGAAGCCCAUGGUGAGACCUGCAGAAUCCUCCUCCUGCAGACAAGCCGGACCUCAGGAGAGCAGCAGCCUGAACAGCGAGAGCCGAUCUCUCGGGUCCCCUCUCCCCAUCAGCCUUUACCCACGGGGUAGGAGCAGUAGCCCGCUGCUCAAAAAGAGCCAUACCAUCUCACCUCUGGUUGGGUUCACCACCAAGAAGGGAGGCAAGAGGCUCAAAAUUGAUCUGAAGAAAGGUCCGGAGGGUUUGGGCUUCACCGUGGUAACCAGAGACUCUUCAGUGCACGGGCCCGGUCCCAUCCUUGUCAAGAACAUCCUCCCUAGAGGAGCCGCUGUUAAGGAUGGCCGCCUGCAGUCUGGAGACAGAAUAUUAGAGGUGAAUGGUGUGGACAUCACAGGUCGGACACAGGAGGAACUGGUGGCCAUGCUGCGCAGCACGAAGCAGGGAGACGGUGUGUGUCUGGUGGUGGCGAGACAGGAGGAGUUAUUCCUUCCCCGAGAGCUGAAAGAGGAACCGGUGCGUGCCGCUCUGCCUGAGGAAGGGAAGGAGCAGCUGAUGUUCGAGGUGCCUCUGAAUGACUCCGGCUCAGCUGGCCUGGGUGUCAGCCUUAAAGGCAACAAGUCUCGUGAGACCGGUGAAGACCUGGGCAUCUUCAUCAAGUCCAUCAUCCAUGGAGGAGCUGCUUAUAAGGACGGUCGCCUGCGUGUCAACGAUCAGCUGCUUGCCGUAAAUGGAGAGUCACUCUUGGGAAAGUCCAACCACGAGGCCAUGGAGACGCUGCGCAGGUCCAUGUCCAUGGAGGGGAACCUCAGAGGGAUGAUCCAGCUUGUUGUCCUCCGAGCUCUUCUGCCAUCCAACCAGGAGUACCCGGACUCACGGAGAAUCCUCAAUCGAUCCUUCGAUAGCUGCGUGGGCCAGGCUUCGCUCCUCAGCCAAUCAGAGAGCCCUGUGCAGCCCCAUAUGGUGAUGAACAACAUCUUUGAGCGAUCUAUGGUUUCAAAUGGGGGUUAUGGUGAAGAGGUAGCGUUCAGUCCUUAUAGGCAGAAUGGAGACCUGAAUGGAGGCUUGAACCAUGAGCCCCAUCAGAGUCUGGAGUGGGAAUCAGGCCCUCGCUCAGCUGAAAGCUCUCUGACGUCUCCAGCUCCUCAGGGUAUGAUGGAGCAUCAUCACAUGAAAUCUUCCAAAAGCAUGGACCUGGUUGCAGAUGAAAGCAAAGUGGGAUGCCUGGUGGGGCAAAAGUCAGCUUUCUCUGGUGUGGAGCUGGGUCCUACUCUGGGCCUGAAGAAGUCCAGUUCUCUGGAGAGUCUGCAGACGGCCGUGUCCGAGGCUCAGAAGAACGACCUGCUGCUCUUCCACAGGCCCCGUGCUCACAUGGUGAGGGGGCGUGGCUGCAACGAGAGCUUCCGUGCUGCCAUCGACAAAUCAUACGAUGGUCCGGCUGAGGAUGAUGACGAUGAGGGCUCAGAGGCAAGCUCGGGACGGGACACCCCAGCUAGCAGCUCCUCACGUCAAGGGCUGGGAGACAACGACGAGAACAAAAAGGACAAGAAGAAGAAAGUCAAAGGAAAGAAGAAAGACAAGUUGAAGAGCAAAGGGAAGGACAAAGACAAAAAGAAAGCAGAGGAAGCCACCGAAGAUCCAGAUAAGAAGACGAAGAAGAAGGGAUUUGGACUGCUGAGGUUCGGGAAGAAGAAAGAAGAGAAGAGUAAAGGUGAGAACAAGGCGAGCAUGCUGAAGCAUGCGUCAGAAAUGCUGAGUGAGGAAGAGUUGGAGAGGAUGAAAGAAGAAAGGGAGAGGAUUGAAGCGAAGCACCAAGAGCUGAGGGAUCGACAGGCUCGCGACCGAUUCGUUCCUCCAGAUGUGGAGGACGACGACGUGGACCCUAACUACGCCCGGAUCAACGCGUUCAGAGGACGUCCGUCUCAGUCUCCGUACGGGACCCGUAGCCCGUCGCCUCAGAGAGCGACGCACCCCACCGAUCACAGCCAAGAGCCGUCAACUGAAGAUCCGCUCGAUAGCCUCUACGCCAAGAUCAACAAACCGAGAGGCCCAACUCCACAUGCAGCUGACAGCAGUAUGGACCGUAUCCAGCAGCUGCGCAGAGAGUAUCAGCAGGCUCGGAGAGAGGGAGCUGCUCCAGCCUACGAAGAGUUGGAGGCUCGACGCCAAGGCUCCGAGUUCGACCCACACCGGAUUCCUGUCAGGAGUCCUGACCCCAGACUGGCUCCCCGCUAUGAGGAUGUGGAGCGUCAGUAUGCCUCCCUGCCCAGAAGAGGUCCAGUGGAUCCUGCAGAGUAUGCAGCACAGGCUUGGCCUGGGCACAGAGACCCUGCCCUCUAUACCACCUCACAGCCAGGCUACCACCCCAACUACCCCCAUCGCCCCCUGGACCCUCGGCACAACGACCCAGGCUUUUACCACCCCCAGCCUCCACAGAGGGGUCCCCUGCGCCAGGACGUGCCCCCUUCACCCCCAGUGCCCCUCCGAGGAGCCCGGUACGACACCAUGAACCGUGGAGGCUUCCGACACACCAGUCCAGAGCGCUUCGCUUACUCAGACGGACGCCACCCUGACCCGAGGCAGAAGAACGCCAUGACUGCAGCCGUUUAAGCACAGCAUUGUAUAUGCUGCCUGGUACGCGACACGUAAAGAACCACACAGCAGCACCGUGUUCAUCGUGCUGGUGAUGUUCUUGACCUGCAGUUCACUCUGCCUUAUCCUGACUGACUUGCUGCCCAAGGCCACAUCUUAACAGAAUGCAAAUAAUACAUUCCUGUCUCCCUGCCAAGCGAGCAUUAAUGGAGCUAGACUCAAGAGCUCCUCUUUUUUCUCCAAAUCUGUGACUCGAACACAAAGGGAGGGUGAAUGCGUACGAUCUUCCAAGUCGAGUGAGAUCCCCAUGGUACAAUGCCUAAGUGAGCCGAGGCAUGCAUGCUUCUCCACAUGACAGAAAUGUAAUCCCGUUCCGCUUUAGUAUUCAUCGAGUCGAUCUAAGUUAUACUAUAUGUUAGUGCUGGUAUAUUUGUGUUAACCCCUUAAACUCCCAAAUUACUAUUUCUUUAUUAAUCCUAUUUCAUGUUCAGGAACUAAAAUGAAAGUGUGAAGAUUUUUUAAAGUCUGGACCCACGGAUUGGUUUUGGGGAUUUUAAGGGGUUAAAUCCCAGCAUAUAAUAGACACUUAGUGCACACCUACAGUCCUGAGUCUAUUAACUGUCGCUCGGUGACCCUCUGCCUUUACCCUUUAAAUCGUUUUCUUUUCUGCAUGUUGCAAUUACACAGCCACUCUGCAACAUUUACACUAGGACAUUUAUUAUUAUCAUCCAUAACCACGCUAUUCAUAUGCAGCUAUUAAAGGAGACACCUACGAAUAACAUCAUUUAGAACCACUGACACCGAAAAGAUCCUUUUCUUAUAUCUUAAAAGGCUUUUUAAUGAAAUUUUACACGAGUGAAGGUACUCUCUUCUAUCUAUUCUGACUGUUGAUGAGUUUGUAUUGUACGUCUGCCGGAGUGAAGUCAUAUUAACAAAAAGAAAUAAAAAAAAAUCGGACGAUUAAGGAAGUGGAUGUUUUUGUCACGAGAGGAAAAGAAGGAUUCACCACUUCAGAAGGAUGAGAGGAUGAUGGAGUUGUUUCUCCGCACUCUUCUCUCAGCAAGCGGCAGCUUUCCAUUAUUUUUUUUUUUUUUUUUUUUUCCCCCCCUCCUCGUCAUACUCGCACCGAUAUCCUUCACGAGUCUGGCUGCUUCACACUCGCCGUAGCCGCAUGUUUUGAAUGUAUAAGUGACGGACACAGUGGACAUUUAGAGAGCAGAUGAUGGACAAGUUGAAUCCUAAUAGCUUCAUCGUACACAUAUGUUUCAAUAUUAUUUCCAUAACUUGGUAUUAAUGUCUGUAAUAAACAAAAGUGAAUGGUAAUACUGAACACAUACAUUUUUACUAACCUCUUUUAUAACACUAUUAAAUAUGCAUUUAAAAUGA